AUGAAGAAUAUUCGAAAUGUUUCGCAUUUAGAUAAGUUAGAAGAUAGUACUGCAUUUUUCCCGCCAGUCACUGAUGAUGAAGAUACUAUGCUAGAAGAUGACCCAGCUGAAGUUGUGGCCCGUAAAACUAAAAAGUGUAGGAAAAGAAUUAGAGCAAAAGCACCUUCUAGCUCAUGUAAAAAGAGUAAAACUUCUGCUUCUGCACAAACACCUAUAUCAAUCCGCAAAUCCCCUCGUAAAUUAUAUUCUUCCGCAACUCCAAAAGAUAACCAGACUAAUCCCAAUAAAAGCCAAACUGAUCUGAAAGAAGGAACCUCAACCACAUCAAAUCCACAACAAACUGCAUCUUUUAAUGAUAAUAACAAUGAUGAACAAGAAUCUUAA